GACGGCGGGGAAAAGGCAACUUUUUAAAGAGAAGGCAGAAAACAACUCAAUGCUUCCAGUGAUUCACAGAUGCCCCAGUCCCGGGUUUAAUUGAAUUCUAUGAAGUGGCAAUAUAAUCACACUUGGCAGCCUGCUGAGAUGACUGCCUUUAAAUAAAUAUUUUUGAGCAGCCAUAUUGACCUUUAAUUGGGGUGAAAAGGUUGAAAAGUGCAGGAAAGAACAUUGCGAGAGCUAGGGCCCUCUGGAUCAGCUGCCUGCACCCUUUCUCUGCUUUACUGGGCAGAAGCAGUCUUCUGGGCACGACACAAUGAGAGAAUAAAUCAGCGACUGUACAAUGCCCAGCAAAUGUUUAGCCUUGUCAGUCACCCCUGACAAAUAUCAGCUCAUACAAUUUUUUAGGCAUACAUCAGAAGAAGCCAAAAGCCAGCUGGAAUAGCCCCUGAAUACGAUUUUAAUCUUGUUUGCAAUUAUUUUGAAGGGGAGAAACCAUCUGUAUCAGCUGAAUGUUUUCUUGGAAACCUUUCUCUGACAUGUGAACCAAACCAAUAACAAGUAGACUCUUCUGAAGCAACAAUCUGGAAAGAGUGGCCGCUAAGGUCUGAAAAUCCUAAAACAAACUCUUACUUACACUGAAGAUUUCUCUCCCUUUCCACUCCACAUUUGCAUGGAAGAGAAUACCAAGAAUUAAGAUGUUCUGGUUUCAAGGAAAUAGCAUGCAACUUGCUAAAUCUUCCUUUGGACUCUUCUUGAGAAAUCUCUCUGCCUCUAAGACAACUUUGCCUGUGCUGACCUUAUUCACAAAGGAUCCAUGCCCACUCUGUGAUGAAGCCAAGGAAGUACUCAAGCCUUAUAAAAACAGGUUUAUUUUACAGGAGGUGGACAUCACACUUCCAGAAAAUUCUGCUUGGUAUGAAAAGUAUAAAUUUGACAUUCCUGUCUUUCAUUUGAAUGACCAGUUUCUAAUGAAGCAUCGAGUAAACACCUCAAAACUUGAGAAACAACUUCUGAAAUUUGAGCAGCAAGGUGCUACAGACUGACUAAUGCCUUUAUGGUUUUCUACCCUCUCUGUCCAUAAUGCAUCUUCCUAAGGAAAUGACCAUGGCCUCAUACUCCUUUUGUCACUUUUCACAGAGCCCUAAGGCUGUUUUGAACUCAGUGGUGCCACAUAAAUGUUGCCAUUCCUCUUCUGAUUGAUGGAAGUACCCAUGUGGGAACUGUUUACUUGUGGGCAUUUUAUAAAAUAAGAGGAGUAUAUUGGCAGGGAGGGGGAUGAUGGAAGGAGGUAGAAAUCCAUUUGUCUUACUUAUUUUUCCCUUUUGUAUUAAUAUGGAAGCACUUCACAUGAACUGGACAGUGCUGUUUAUAGGAAGAAGGCUUUGCAUUCCUGCUGCUGCCCUGGAGGGCUUAACUUUUUAAUGAAAGAAUAAAUGCUCUUCCACUCAGUAGAUAAAGUGAAAUGUGAAUUGUUAAUAACUGUGCACAGUCAAUAAAGGGAUGUUUUAACGAAUA